AUGUCGGAAAUAUCGCAGCGGUCAGACAAGCCGACCAGGCAAUUAGGAUAUCCCGCUGACCAGUGUUCCAGCCUGGGUGCUCUUGGAAGCGAUGCUGUUCAACCCAUCUGCCAGAACCUCGAACUGCCGAGCACCAGCACCAAACAGGAUGACCUCUCGGAUGCACGGGCUCUGAAAGACCGCGAAGAGGAGACAUCCACACGUGUACGUAAUCGAUACGUUGCUGGAGAUACCAACGACAUCGACGGCCAUGAACAGACUCAUCCAAAGUUACUUCGCACGCACUACAUCGUUCACGCCAGCAGGGACUCGGAAGCUCCCGCGAACGGAGAAAAGACGCGGGCCGACCACGAGUCGAUGGAGCUCAAACCGGAACAGUGCAAGGCUAGCGCGACGAUGCGACAGGUUCGAGGUCUCUGGCACAAGGGAAGGACCGCAAGCACGCCCUGA